CUCUCAGCUGAGAUGUGAGCACGGUAUACAGAUCCUGAUUGAUUCUGGCUUACAGCAUCACUUGCUGGUAGAUUUGCAAGAAUGACAUUCACCUAUUUGUGUUUUUUCCUCACUCUGCAUGUUAUCAUUGUGAUAUCAUCAGAAGACACAUGGUGUUAUGACAUUGUAAAGUCAUCUGCCCCCCAUUGCCCAGGACCAAGGGAAUGGAAAACAUUAGGCUCAUGUGGUAAAAGCGAACAAUCUCCAAUAAACAUUGUUACGAAAAACACUGAAUUUAAGAAAACUCUAAAGGCAUUUCAUUUUAGUGGAUAUGAUGCUGAAAAUGAUUUAACAAUAGCGAACAAUGGCCAUUCAGCUCAGUUGUCUUUGGAAGGAAAAGGAGUUACGAUUAGUGGAGGAGGACUUGAUGGUACAUACACAGCUUUACAGUUUCACUUUCACUGGGGUAGCAUUGAAAUGCACGGAUCUGAGCACAGCAUAGAUGGCGAAAGAUAUCCGGCUGAGCUUCAUAUAGUUCACAAGGCAGCAGCCAGCAGCCGGUCAUCCUCUGGUGGAGAAACUACUGGGAGUGGAAGAACACUUGCUGUGCUUGGAUUCUUUAUUGAACAAGCGUCUGAAAACAAUCCCAAUUAUAACAGUAUAGUUGCAGCACUAAAUGAUAUCAGAGCAACAGGCACCAACACAACUGUUUCCAAAGUGAAAUUACAAGGGCUGAUUCCAGAAGAAAAAUAUCUAGAACAUUUCUACAGAUAUGAUGGCUCUCUCACCACUCCUAUGUGUGAUGAAACGGUCACCUGGACUGUGUUUCCUGAAACAAUAAAGCUUGGGAAAUCCCAGUUGGAAGCAUUCUACACAAAACUUAACUACUCAGCAGAUGCUGUCAUGGAGGAGAACUUCAGACCGAUACAAGAACUGGGAGUUAGAAAAGUCUAUACCUCUGUAGGUAAACCAUGGUGUUAUGAAGUGCAAUUGUCACCUUUGGAAAACUGCAGAGGACCAGGGGAAUGGACAUCAAUAGACUCAUGUGAUGGCAAUGAACAAUCUCCAAUAAAUAUUGUUUCAAAAGAAGCUGAACUAGAUAAAAGUCUAAGUCCCUUAAAAUUUAUCAAUUAUGAUUCUGAAAAUGACUUUGUACUAACUAACAACGGCCAUUCGGCUGAGUUAUUUCUAGAAGAAAACGAAAUUACAAUUAGUGAAGGAGGACUUCAAGGUACUUACAAAGCCAAACAGCUUCACUUUCACUGGGGAAACAGUGGCACGCUUGGAUCUGAGCACAGCAAAGAUGGAAGAAGAUUCGCCGCUGAGCUUCAUAUAGUUCACACGCUAAUGUCCAGCAGCCGGUCAGAAUCUGGUGGAGAUAUUACUGGGGAAGGAAGAACAAUUGCUGUGCUUGCAUUCUUUAUUGAAGAAUCAGAGGAAAACAAUAGCAAAUAUGAUGGCAUAAUUCAGGCCCUAAAUGACAUCAGAUCAAAAGACCUGCGUACAACUGUUUCACAAGUGAAAUUACAAGAGUUGAUUCCAGAAAAAGAAAAUCUAACAAAAUUCUACAGAUAUGAUGGCUCUCUCACCACUCCUGGCUGCGCUGAAAUUGUCACCUGGACUGUGUUUUAUGAAACAAUAAAGCUUGGGAAAUCCCAGCUGGAAGCAUUCUACACAAAACUUAAUUAUUCAGCAGAUGCGGUCAUGGUGGAGAAUUUCAGACCAAUACAGAAACUGGGAGUGAGAAAAGUCUAUACUUCCGGUGUGGAAGCAGUAGUGUCUCACAGCAGACAUUUGUUACUCUCAUUCAUUGUGGCAUUUGUAGUUUUAAUGUUUUAAUAAAUGCCUAUUGAAGUCUGUAAAUGAAACAGGAUUUUAAUGAUUAAACAUUGAUUAGUAUGUUAAAUUGCAGCUGUGAUCAGACUAUGGACAUUAAACUAUUAACAUACUCUUAA